CGUGCCCGAGUUCAAAACUCUGAGCUGGAGGCUGGCGUUUGAAAGUUCAGAGCAAUCGGCGCGGGUGUGAACUCAUUUCAGCAGCUCGUCCCCCUGUCAAUGUUGGAGCUGUCAAUCAGCAGAGGUCUUUUACCCGACUCCGGGACUCGAUCUCCCAGCAGAGACCCCGCCUCAUAGUCGCCAGGUAGUGAAGUAACGACCACGGGGGGAGAGGGAGGGAGAGAGAGAGAGAGAGAGAGCCGAGGGAGGGCAGUCGGCAGUGUCGCUGGGAUUGCAAGUGCUCUGAAACAGUAGCAGCUCCCGAGAAAGAACUUCCAAAGUUUUCCAAACUUUUUAAAAAAGUUUCUGCAGUUGUUGAAAAUAUGGACUUUGUAGUAUUUUAACUGAGAAUUAGAGAGUGUUUUUUUUUUGGAAAAUAUUGAGGCGGAGGAGUGUCGGUGUAAAUUCUUUUGGCAAGUUUGUUUUCUUUUUGAGAAGUUGGGGACAUCUUUAGAGCGGCGCCUGAACUAACGGAGAGGUGACCGGCCCGAGACUGUGAGUGACAGAGGAACCGGAGACCGGCGAUCAAGCAGCCUGGCCAUGUCCAAGUGCAAAGCGGACCGAAGUUAUACUCCCACUGCAGCCAUAGUGCGGAUUCCGGACAACGGGGAUGCGUGCGAUUCGGAGCCGGAGGUUGGUGAGGAAGGUCCCAGAGAACGAGAUGCCCCGCGGGGGAGACGUAUGCUGGUCUUUCUGGAUAUGAUCUGUAUUAUUCUGGCCUCCCUGCCAUUCUUCAUGGUGGAAUUCAAUGCUGUCAAGCCGUAUAACCGUGGGUUCUACUGCGACGACGAGAGUAUCAACUACCCACUGAAGGAGUCUGAGACUAUCAGCGACCCUGUGCUGUGCACUGCAGGCAUUUUAAUCACUGUCAUUGCUAUUGCCUUCAGUGAAAGUUAUAGGGUCCGAUUCUUGAAUGAGAAAACAAAGUCUUUCAUCUCGAACCCCUACAUAUCUGUGAUAUACAGGCAGGUUGGCUGUUUCCUCUUUGGUUGUGCUGUUAGCCAGUCCCUCACUGAUCUGGCAAAGGUUGCAGUUGGCAGGUUGAGACCCAACUUCCUGCAUGUCUGCAACCCGGAUUUCUCAAAAAUUAACUGUUCGAAGGGAUACAUCGAGGAUUACGUGUGCAAUGGGACAGCCUCGACAGUCACAGAGGGCAGGAAGUCGUUUUACUCUGGCCACGCCUCCUUCGCUAUGUACACCCUUCUCUACCUGGCGUUUUACCUGGAAGCUCGAUUUACCUGGAAAGGAGCGAGGCUGCUGAGACCACUCCUACAGGCUCUCCUCGUCAUGAUGGCAAUUUACACCGGACUCACCCGUGUGUCAGAUUACAGGCACCACCCGUCGGAUGUCAUGGUGGGAUUUCUGCAGGGAGCAAUAAUUGCCUACUGGAUUAUGCUGCUUGACCCGCUGAGUUCCUCCAGUGUUCUGUUUUGAGGCAUUUCACGUAUCGGACAUGUUCAAGUUGAAGAGAAAAGUGACGAAGGAGUCGAAUGUCUGCUCGGACAAUUCCAUACUGACCAAUCAUACAACAUGUUAGCGUAAUCGAGGGAAAAGAUGUUUGUGGUCUGAACAGGUCACCGUCCCAGUACUGGACCAGAAACACAGCAAGAAGCCGGUGGUCAAAGAACCUUCCACUUUUAUAAUCUCCAAACACGGCCGCAUUCUGAUUUUCUUUUCCAACACGUUCCUGAUCCUGUGUUCACUGGAAGUUCAGCAGCCAUUGUUUGGAAUUUUCCUGGUAUCUCUGUUGCUCCCUAAGGAUUUAUUUCAUUCAGUUUCUCCUACAGUGACCAACGGAUUUUGGACCUUUUUAGCAGCCUUGAAGUGCCUGAUAUCAUAGAUCCCCGCACCCUACGGAAACUGAACAACUUAAUGCUGUGAGCAACAAUGUAUUCUGUAAAUAUCAUAAGUAAUUAAUAUUAUAGAUCACAGUCUGUGUUGAGCCUUUUGUAAGUGUAUUCUUGUGACAAAAAAAAUCCAUAAUUAAGAUAUUACAAGUUAUUCAGUAUUUGGAUAAAGAAAAGCUAAUUUCUUUCAAAAGUAAAUACCCACUUUUAUUAUAUCUUUAAGUAAUGGAAUCUAAAUCAGGGACAGAAGUUAGCUUGAUGACAUGUUUUAUUAAUGAGUCCUCCUUUCUCUGGGAGACUGAUCAACCAGAACUUGUCACUGCUUUUGAAGGUGGGUGGUAUUGGACUUCGUAAAACUGAGCAAAAUUGAGCCAAAAGUUAAUUGACUUUGGAAGAUCUUGUGUCAGAGACAUCACAUUGGACAGAAAUGUAGUUAACAUUGAAGGUGUAAAGGAUUCUUCUUCUAGUAUCCAUUCACUAGACAGAUUAUACACAAUGUUCUGUGGCAGCUGUUUAGGUAUAAUUAAAAUAAAUUGUCCAAAAUGGAAUAUAUAAACUAAGUUAAAGAGCCAAAAAUAGAGAGAAAUGCUUAUUACUGGAGAACAAGCAAGAGAGGACUCAAAGCAAAAUGUGGCAGAUACUGGAAAUCUGAAAUAAGCUGGAAAUGCUCAGCAGGUCAGGCAGCAUCUGUGGGGAGAGGGUCAGAGUUGAUGUUGCAAGUUAACAAUCUUUGACCAAAACCAGGAAAAAGGGUAAUUAAUGCAAUUUCUCUCUCCAAAAGAAGUGAGCUGGACAAGUAGAUCGAAAAAAGUUCAACAAAAUGCUAGAAAAUGGAAGCUGUCAAAUUCCUGAAUGAAGGGUGACAUUGACAAACACUGUUCUGUGUUUCUAAAGGGAGUGAGUUUAAUCCGGAGUAGCCUUAGUGAGCUAAAAUGCAUUGAAAAGAAGCUGAAAGUUUUUAAUAAGAAAAACUACAGAUGCUGGAAAUCUGUAGCAAAGAAAAUGCUAAAGCCAGAUCAGGUAGCAUCUGCCGAAAGAGAAACAGUCAAUGUUUCGGGUUGAAGAGCCUUCAUCAGAGUCCUGACGAAGGGCUUCGACCUGAAACAUCAACUCUGUUUCUCCGUCCACAGAUGCUGCCUGACCUGCUGAGUGUUUUCAGCACUCCUUGUUGAAAAGCAGCUGAUUGAGGCUUGCAGACAUCGUCACGGAACUUUGCGUUUUGACUGUCAUUGGGCCAGAUCAUCUGAUGGAGAGAACUUUGGAAGCAAUUGUCGAUAACUCUAGUUUCAGAAUGCAGAUAAAGGAUCUGAUUCAGCUUUACAGGGUUCAGCACAGUUUGAGGUGCAUAUAAAUGACAAUUUUAAUUCCAAGAUUUUGUAUCCAUAUUUAGCAACUUUCAUUGUAUUAUGGGCACUAAGAAUUCUCAUCAUCCCAACGGAAAGCUUGUACCGAAAUGCAGUAGGAAGUCCAUUCUGGCGUCUCUGAAUCAAAGGAGAUGAUCCAGAGGAUUGGGACUCGUGGAUUAUUCAAUUGCGAGAGGGAAGGAUAGUAAUUGAACGGGAAGAUGGUGUGGAGAGCAGAAGAAGGUAGCAAGUGACAACUGCCUUUAAGUAUCAUUAGACAGGGAACUCUCACCAGUUCCCCACAGGGGAUGGGACCAUUGUGAUGUCUGAUCAGGAAGGUGGAUAAGAGGAGAAUUCAGGUCCUACUAUAAUUUAUUCAAUUCGUAUGACAAUACCAAUCAAUGCUGUUAAAGUUGCAAUAAAUGUCUCUUUUUAACAAAUGUUUAGUAUAAUACUGAGUUGGUGCUCACUGGCUCUACUUAACGUGGAUUUUAUUCUAUUCGUGAUCAUGCUGUGAUCAUUUUAAUGUUUCCAAGGUAUUUUCCUCAAUCAAAUCUGCUUUAAGAAGAAUAGCAUUAAACCACUGACAUUCUCCCUGAGAUGUGCACAGAGCCUGGUAUCUGUGUCACUUUGCAAACACCACACUAGGACACAAAGCAGCAUUUCAGUCACCCUUGGUGCCAGCAUUGAUCUCUGCAACGUUGCCACUAGCUCUGUGAAACUUUUACUGUCCUCUAAAUACUACUGUAAACUUAUUAUAGAAGAGGAAGGGUAUUAUGAAAUAUUUACCAUGAUAAAUGUUACUGGGCUUACACUAGUGUUUGGCUGAGGAUUCAGAAUAUUCUAAGAUUCCAUGAUCUUUCUAUUCCUGUCUCAGGCCCUCUCAAGGACGAACUGACAUUCACUCAUGUGAUCUAGACUUGGAAGAGAGCCUCACUAAAUCUCCGCAAAGGGAGCAGGGGUGGGAGAAAUGUCUCAAUAGAGCAGAAAACUGGAGAUGAAGUUCAAGUUGAAUUGAAACGUUGUUUUCUUAGCCUUGUUCUCAUUCACCCCAGCUGUCAUCCACUGUGACAUUGCCAAAUGAAUGGAGAUUAGAUAAUUCAGAGAGAUUUGAGCCAUUUGUAUGCCGCUGUUACACAAUCUGUCAACAGCUGCAAUUCACUAAAGAAGUGGAUUAUCGUAGGAUUAAUAUACUGUAAAUGGGUGUGGAACUCAAUGGGCCAAAGGAUCUAAAGAAAGAAAGUUGCAUUUCAAUAGCACCUUGUAUGAUAGGAUAUUCCAAAAUGUUUCUAAAUCUACUGGAUCACUGUUGAAGUGUGGUCUCUGCUUUAUAUGCAACCAAUUUAUAUACAGAAAAGUUCAUCAAACAUUUACAAAGUGUUUGCAAUUGCAUGAAAAUGUUAAGAAAUCUUUCAAAUAUGUUCAAUAUUAUUAUAUUCAGUGACCAGAGGAAUGGAUGUAUUCACAUAAUGUAAUAUUUGGAGCCUAACCCUAAAGCAGCCAUGGAUGGUUUACACUGGAUAUUGGUGUCGCCAAUUCAGCCAGAUUUAAGAUUAAAUCUAGUCUUGUUUCACAGGAGACAUUUCCAGUCCAGAGGAAAGAGGUUCUCGUUCCAUUAGUGACUGAUGAAUUUGAGCAAAGAUGAACCGAGGUGAAAAGGCAGUCUAAUUCCUAAAUUGCUGCCACAUCUGGCUGUGCAGAUCGUGAAUUCUGUAGAUAUGUGAGGUAGUGCAAAUGGCCUGAUUGUGAAUUGCUUCUUUGUGCUGCUAGAUCCAUUUUUUUAAAAAAACUAUAUCAGGCAACUUUUGUAGACACUUCAACAGCCUUACCAGAGGUUUUUGAUUUGUACUAUAAUUUGUGAGAAACUUAAAAAAUGCUUCAAUAUGUCUAUAAAAAUUUUUAUUGUAAAUAAAAGUUAAUUCCUAUUUCAAUUUUAACAAGAA